AUGGCGGUGAUUGCCUCCUCUGGAGGAGCUUGGGUCGUGGGGAUCGUCUGCGUUGCCCUGUAUGUGGCAUACAGACGAAUCCUGCCAAAGCCAAUCCCUGAUAUCCCAUACAACAAAGAUGCGGCAGCAAAGCUGUUUGGUGAUGUGCCCGAGAUGAUGGGCUAUGUGAUGCGUACACAACGCAUUUUCUGCUGGUUAACGUCCCUCAACACUCGCCAUCAAAGUCCUAUUGUGCAGGCUUUCAUCAAGCCCGGAGGACUGCCAUGGGUGGUGGUGACAGACCCUUUCGAAAGCCAAGAUAUCCUGCUUCGGAGAAUCAAAGAAUUCGACCGUAGCGAAUUCUUCGGCGAACUCAUCAAUGGCAUUUUGCCAGAGCAACAUAUCCAAUUCAUCUCGAGCGACCCUCGAUUCAAAAACAACCGGAACCUGAUCAACCACUUGAUGGCCCCGACUUUCAUCCGCGAGGUCAGCGCGCCUGAAGUCUACAUGGCCGCAAGCACCCUGAUGAAGCUGUGGAAGAUCAAGUGCGACAUGGCCAAGGGCCGUCCCUUUUCGGCCCACCACGAUGUCACCUUUGCUACCUUGGACACCAUCUUUGCCUCUUCCUUUGGCCUUCUCGAGAGCGAGACCAACACCAUCCAGCGCAUCAAGGCGUUGGACAACUUUGAACCCGUGUUCCCUGAUGAUGUCGAUGAGCCCAUCACUUUCCCCGAAGGCUACACUCCGGAUAUCUUCUCGGCUGUGCUCACCUUGGCCAACUCGGUCACAGACACUCAGCUCUCUCCUGCCCCGGUGUUGACUUCUUGGGUCAUCCGCAAGUUCCCCUACAUGAUCAAGGCCAAGGCAAUCAAGGACAAGUACAUCCAGGACAAGGUGGAAGAAUCCGUCCGAUUGAUCGAGAAAGACCCCAGCAUCAAAGCCAAGAGCGCGCUUCACUCCGUCCUCCUUCGCGAACGUGAUGUGGCGAUCAAAGAAGGCCGCCAGCCCGACUACCGCAAGGGUGCCAUUGCCGACGAAUUCUUUGGUUUCAUGACUGCUGGCCACGACACAUCUGCCACCACCCUCGCCUGGGGCGUCAAAAUGCUGGCCGACAACCCUGCCGCGCAGAGCCGUCUCCGUGACGAGCUCCGCUCGGCCUUCCCAGCUGCCGUCCAGGAGAAGCGCAGCCUGAAUUACGCAGAACUCAGCACCGCACAAGUCCCCUACCUGGAUGCCACAGUUGAAGAGAUUCUUCGCCACUCCAACACCAUCGCUUUCGUCGUCCGCCAGGCUCAGCAGGAUGCCACCGUCCUCGGCCGCACUAUCCCCAAGGGCACCAAUGUCUUCCUCAUGGCCAAUGGCCCCGGUUACCUCGAACCCAAUAUGAAGCUUACAGACGAGGCUCGCAGCCCGGGUGCCCGCCAGACGGCCAAGUCAGCACUGACUCGCGCCUGGUCGGACGAUGACAUUGCCAAGUUUGCUCCCGAACGCUGGCUCGAGACGGAUCCGGACACCGGCACCGAGGUGUUCAACACGAUGGCUGGCCCAUCGCUGGCAUUCGGUUUGGGACUUAGGGGAUGUUAUGGAAGAAAGCUGGCCCUUCAAGUGCUCAAGAUUCACUUUGCGCUGAUGAUCUGGAACUUUGAGUUUUUGCCCAUCCCGGAGAAGCUGGGCGGCUACGACGCGGUGCAGAAGUUUGCGAGGGAGCCGACAAAGUGCUUCAUUCGGUUGAAGGAGAUUGAGCUGUAA